AUUUGAAUUCUUUUUAUGGCAUCCAUUUGAAUCCAUCUUCUUCUUUCAUCAAGAAAUGCAAAUGGGUACGAAUCUGGUCUUCAUUUGGGGUUUCUCAGCUGUUUUUAUAGCAACAACCCUUUUCGCCACUUCCUCUUUCGCUCUCACCCAAGAUGGUCUAGCUUUGCUGGAGUUCAAACAAACUUUGAAUGACACUAAGAACGUUUUGAGCAAUUGGGUCGAUAAUGACGAAACCCCAUGUCUAUGGACUGGUAUUACUUGCCAUCCGAGUGACCAAAGAGUUUUAUCCAUAAACUUACCGUACAUGGAGUUUGGGGGGUUUAUAUCUCCAAGCAUUGGCAAACUCAGUAGAUUACAGAGACUGGCACUUCAUCAAAACAGCUUACAUGGUCUAAUUCCUAAUGAAAUCAGUAAAUGUGUUGAACUCAGAGCUCUGUACUUGAGAGCUAAUUAUCUCCAGGGUGGCAUACCUUCAAAUAUUGGAAACCUCUCCUUCCUCACUAUACUGGAUUUGUCGAGCAAUACUUUGAAGGGAGCAAUACCUUCAUCUCUUGGUCAUCUCACUCGUCUCAAGUACUUGAACUUAUCCACAAACUUUUUUUCGGGGGAAAUUCCAAAUUUCGGAGCACUGAGCAACUUCGGAAACAACUCGUAUAUCGGUAAUUUAGACCUCUGUGGCCAGCAAAUACACAAGCCGUGUAAAACUUCAUUGGGAUUUCCCGCUGUCCUGCCUCAUGCCGAAAGUGAUGAAGCUGCAGUGCCUAAGCAUUCAUCUCGUUACCUGAAAGGAGCACUGAUUGGUGCUACAACCACUUUGGGACUUAUGCUCGUGCUCCUCUUGAUUUGGAUGCUAACAAAGAAAGAACGGGCUGCAAAGAGAUACGUUGUCGUUAAAAAACAAGUUCAUCAAGAAACAAGCACACAACUUAUAACAUUCCACGGCGAUCUUCCUUACCCUUCAAGUGAGAUUAUAGAGAAACUCGAGUCCCUUGACGUUGAGCAUGUGGUUGGGGUUGGAGGGUUCGGGACCGUGUACAGAAUGGUCAUGAACGAUUGUGGCACGUUUGCGGUUAAAAGGAUCGAACGAAGCCGAGAAGGUCGUGAUCAAGCUUUCGAACGAGAGUUGGAAAUCUUGGGUAGUGUGAAGCAUAUAAAUCUCGUUAACCUCAGAGGCUACUGCCGCUUUCCUGAUUCAAAGCUUCUCAUCUACGACUACGUGGCUAUGGGCAGUCUCGAAAAAUUCUUACAUGAAUGUCCGCAAGGAAAUCAAACGUUAAGUUGGAAUGCUCGUUUGAAAGUAGCAUACGGUUCGGCUAGGGGAUUGGCAUAUUUACACCAUGAUUGCAGUCCUAAAAUAGUUCAUCGUGAUAUAAAGUCCAGCAACAUUCUUCUGAAUGAAAAUCUCGAGCCUUGUGUUUCCGACUUUGGUCUUGCCAAACUUUUGGUAGAUGAGGAAGCUCAUGUGACCACCGUCGUAGCUGGUACUUUUGGCUAUUUGGCACCAGAGUAUCUGCAAAGUGGGAGAGCCACUGUGAAAUCAGAUGUGUAUAGCUUCGGUGUUUUGUUGUUAGAGCUUGUAACGGGAAAGAGACCAACAGAUCCAGCUUUCGUGAAACGGGGCCUAAAUGUCGUUGGUUGGUUGAACACCCUGCGAAAGGAGAACCAGUUAGAAGACGUGGUGGAUGAGAGGUGCACCGAUGCGGACGCAUCAACCGUGGAAGCGGUUCUGGAGAUUGCAGGCCGGUGCACUGAUGCAAACCCAGAGGACAGACCAUCUAUGCAACAAGUGUUGCAGUUCCUCGAACAGGAGGUGAUGUCGCCCUGCCCUAGCGACUUCUAUGAUUCCCAUUCAGAUUAUGCUUGAUUUGAAUACCCUUUUCGACAUUAUUUAUGGAAAGAUUCUUGACGAAACUUUCAAAAAUGAGUAAGUUGUCCAAUUUAGAUGGGAGCUUUGUAUGUACAGUAACUUUUUCUGGAUUCAAGGAUUUUGUUCAUUCACCUGCUACCGAAAACAAAUGCCCAAAAGGGUAAUCCGUUUGAUCAUGAAUCAUUUGCAUUUCAGAUUAUA